AUGCAAGCCAGUGGUCUUUCGGCUUUGCUUCUUGCCUGGCUGUUUGGAAAUCCGGCAUGUUUGUAUGUUUCGGCUUGCGUGCGGUGCUUGGGGUUGUUUUCGGCAAUGGACUUGGGAUUGUUGCUGCGGGGCGGUUCCACGUGUGUGAUUGUGGGGGUGUUUUUGUUUUCUUCAGCUUCUCAUUUGCGUAUUGUUCAUGUUUUUAUUCGUCGUCUGUUUUUUGUGCUUGUGUUUUUUUUUAGGAACGAAAAAUAUAAAGUAAACGUGAGUAAACGAACAAACAUGAGUAUAGAGAAGCAUAUUGUUUCUUUGGAAACAUUUUUUAGGCACGUUAAUUACCCACUUCAACCGUUGCAUUAUGAAACAAAGGUAGUUUUGGAUACUUUUUUUGAUAAGGGAGGCUUUUUAAAUUUAUGCGACUUGACAUUUGCAAGCUAUGGAAGUAGAGUACGUGAUAAGAGGGCGGAGGAGUUAUCGUGGAUGGACAUUGGAAAUUCAAAACCAAACGGAGUAGUUGCUUCGGCGCUUUUUCGACUUUUGGCCCCGGGUGGACAUCUGUGCAACCUAUUAGAGGCUGUGUCUAUCCCACCGAGUAAUUUUGCAGCACGCCUAAAAGGUUCUUGGAAGGAGAAUGUGGGCGAGGAGUCGGAUGUCAAAUUUCCUUUUUAUUUUUUUGAUAUACCCAUGUCAGCUUUAUAUGCAUCGUCGUAUGAAUUAUUAUCAGAAUCGGCUGAUACAAAUUGGUAUAAUCUGUCUCGUUCUCGCUGUCCUCCCAUGUUUCUUAUUCCCUUUUGGAAUCCGCCUCUUGUAACACGUUUUGAAGCAGAUCAUGGACAAGUGUUGACUUCACUUUCAUGUUCUCCUCUUGCUUACUUUAUUUUGCGGAUGCUUUUUUAUCUCAUACACAAAGCAGAAAAAAAUGGUGUUGACAUGGUUUGUCUUCCACGUAUAGAUACGGCACGCAGAAGAGUUGGUGCAUGGUUUAAUAUUUUAAUGGGUUAUGUUCGCAAUUCUCCCUCUACGGAACUACCAUUAUACCAUCGAUUGUUGACGGCAUAUAUUCAGUAUUUUGUAUCCGUUUCUUUUAUUGAGCGUAUUAGUUCAAAACGGGCCUUGGAAGAUGUUCAGUGGUCUACAUCAGAUGUGAUAGCUGCGUUGCUUCUCUCUGCCCCAACUUUUUUAUGUAUGCGAGGUGUUCGUCAGCCGGACCUAGAGAUUUAUAGAACACCGUGCAGAGAUGUUGUUUCCGGGGCACUUGUAUUUAAAAUGAUUCCAUUUUUGACUGAAUGUAUUCUUGCGCUUAAACAAAAUGGCACUGAUGAGCCCUUUGUAGGUAUGUCAAAUUAUUUUAUUCUGCCACAGAAAGAAAUUUGUGUGGAUUCUUUAGUUAUGUCAUCCCGGGAUGUUCUUUUUUCCAAUAUUUCUUUUUACAGAAAUACCUUGAUUGCGCUUCGUCAAUCUCUGAUUUCCCUUAAUAUUUUUAGAGAUUGUAGAAGGGAACAUUUUAAUAAUUCGCUUGAACUCUGGUAUUUGUUGAUUAAACCAAAUGAAAAUAGAGAGAUGAGGGAAACUUAUGUUGUUCAUCAUUAUGAAAUUUAUAGUUUUUUUCUUGUUGAUGUUUUUUCCAUGUUGUUGAAAAGCAAUUUUUUGACAUGCAUUGAUUUUGCGGGUGCCUCUAUGUUGCUACGAUGUUUGGAGGUCUUUUCUAUGAAUUCAGUACGAAAUGUUUUUCGUGAAGUAAACAACAAUGGUAUUCAUUCGCGAUUGAAUAUUAUAGAAACUAUAAGUCAACACUUUACAUUGAAUUGGGCAGAUGAGGAUGGAGCAGCACAUGUUCUUAACGUGUUUGGAACAGAAAUUCUUAAUUUAGCGGCGGAGGUAUGUCUAGCAGUUGAAGUACGGAUAGAAAAAGGUGAUCUGGAACCUGCGGUGUCUGUCUCAUUAAAACAUUCUCAUGAUUUUAUUUUAAAUAUAUUUGAAGGUUUACAUUCCGUGCUGGAGAAAUGUCGACAUAUGCCUGACUCUUGCUGUAAGCCAAAUGGACGCGUUCGUGCUUCCUCGACGCCUAACGAGCCACGAACACAAUUAAAUACAGAAGAGGAAAAGGAAUUAUUCUUUAAAGGAAUUCGACGUUCUUGUGGGUUUUCUGGGCCAUUGAAUCUACGUUUUGCUACUGAAAAUAAGUUUUUACCGGGCACUUAUGAUGUUGCUGCAGAGACAGGUUUAGGCAAUGAAUUUCCAUGUUUACUUAUUAUAACGAAAAUUUUGGAUGUUUUCCUUCAUAAAUUCUUUGAGUUUUACUACUCUGCAUGGAUACCUACGUGUAGUAGAGGACAUAAGAUGUGGUUACUUUCUUUGAGUAAAUUUACCUGCAUAAAUCAUCCCGAAGAAUCUGCGGUGUGGGAGUGUGCUUUUUGUGAAGAGGUUUAUGGUGUUUGCUGCCGUUCCAAUCCUUAUGGUCGGGAUGGCAAAAAACUCGUUAGGGUAGAAAAUUUUCAGCCCGAUUUGACAUACUACUGUUCAGAGUGUUAUUCGUAUCUUCCGCCAAGCAUUGUUUUCUAUACUUUGCCGACAUCAAAAACAGCUUUGUGUCCGGAUUGUGCGUCGCGCCCCUUUAGAAGGAGAAGUUUUCGCAUUUUGGCAGCGUAUAAGACGUGGAUAAUAAUUCUAUUUGUUUUUAUUUUGUUCACGUUUUUUUAUAGCAUCUGA